AACUCCCUUGUUAUCUGAGUAGCAGGAUACGCCCCACCGCUUCACCCCUCCAUUUUCUUCUUCUACGCGAGCAGCUGCAAAACACCACUUCCAUCUUUUCCUUCUACAAGACCUCUCGACUCGUUCAGCUUCACACGAAGAGCUUGAGAAACCGAAUUGACCUCUAAACUACAGCUUUGAAAAUGGCCAUUACCAAGGUUCACGCCCGUUCCGUCUACGACUCCCGUGGUAACCCCACCGUGGAGGUCGACCUGGUCACUGACACUGGCCUGCACCGCGCCAUCGUCCCCUCUGGUGCCUCUACCGGUCAGCACGAGGCUGUUGAGCUUCGCGAUGGCGACAAGGCCAAGUGGGGUGGCAAGGGUGUUACCAAGGCUGUUGAGAAUGUCAACACCAUCAUUGGCCCCGCUCUGAUCAAGGAGAACCUUGAUGUCAAGGACCAGUCCAAGGUCGACGAGUUCCUGAACAGCCUUGAUGGUACUCCCAACAAGGGCAAGCUUGGCGCCAACGCCAUUCUCGGUGUCUCCCUGGCUGUUGCCAAGGCUGGUGCCGCUGAGAAGAACGUUCCUCUGUACGCUCACAUUUCCGACCUCGCUGGAACCAAGAAGCCCUAUGUCCUCCCUGUUCCUUUCAUGAACGUCCUCAACGGCGGUUCCCACGCUGGUGGUCGUCUUGCCUUCCAGGAGUUCAUGAUCGUCCCCUCUGCUGCUCCCAGCUUCUCUGAGGCCCUCCGUCAGGGUUCUGAGGUUUACCAGAAGCUCAAGACUCUGGCUAAGAAGAAGUACGGCCAGUCCGCUGGCAACGUUGGUGAUGAGGGUGGUGUUGCCCCCGAUAUCCAGACCGCUGAUGAGGCUCUUGAGCUCAUCACCGAUGCUAUUGAGCAGGCCGGCUACACUGGCAAGAUGAACAUUGCCAUGGAUGUUGCCUCCAGCGAAUUCUACAAGGAGGAGGAGAAGAAGUACGAUCUUGACUUCAAGAACCCCGAGAGCGACCCCACCAAGUGGAUCACCUACGAGGAGCUUGCCGCCAUGUACUCCGACCUCUGCAAGAAGUACCCCAUUGUCAGCAUCGAGGACCCCUUUGCUGAGGAUGACUGGGAGGCCUGGAGCUACUUCUACAAGACCCAGGACAUCCAGAUUGUCGGUGAUGACUUGACCGUCACCAACCCCGUCCGCAUCAAGAAGGCCAUUGAGCUCAAGGCCUGCAAUGCCCUCCUCCUCAAGGUCAACCAGAUCGGCACAUUGACCGAGUCUAUCCAGGCUGCCAAGGACUCCUACGCCGAUGGCUGGGGUGUCAUGGUCUCUCACCGAUCUGGUGAGACCGAAGAUGUCACCAUUGCUGACAUUGCCGUCGGUAUCCGUGCCGGUGAGAUCAAGACUGGUGCUCCUGCCCGUUCUGAGCGCCUGGCCAAGCUUAACCAGAUUCUCCGCAUUGAGGAGGAGCUUGGUGAGCUUGCCAUCUACGCGGGCGACAAGUUCCGCACCUCUGUUAACCUGUAAAUGGUAACAUGGAGCUGGGGAUAAAUACAUAUUAAAAGGCUGGCGGCCCAGAGAAUGGGCUAAUAUGGUCGAGUAAAAACAUAAAAUAAUGAUUUGAAGAAACGCCCAUACGGCGAAAGAAAAGUAAAUUGAGCUAUGACCAAAAUUUAUACAACAGCAUGUCCAUAAAACCACGUGAAAUGACUUGUUUCUGC